AUGAUUGCUCUUCGAGGAAAGCUCGAACGGACCAAGAAGGUGUCCCCUACACCAGUUCCUCCCGUAGCUGCCCCUCCUGCAGCCCCUGCUCCUGAUGGCUCUGUGGCUCCGGCUGCAACACCAGCAGCAACACCGUCCGAGACUACUAGUACUACUAGCAACAAUAACGACGAGGAUACGUACGAAUGGACAUGGAAGGGCCACUGGGCAUUUGGAUUAAAGCUCCCGGAUGAUCCCAAGAAACUCCAGCCGUUUGUGUACAAGUGGGAAAAGCCUGUCAAUCCAGAAGAUGUACUCGUGGUGUCACUCAAUGAAGCGGCCGAUUUGUUAGGAGAAACAACCGAUGGAUCUGCUACCAGUAAUACUAAUACAAAUACAAAUACAAAUACAAAUAAUACCAGUCAGUCACAACAACCGCAACAACAACAACAAUCUACCGAGCAGGAGAAACAGUCAAAUUCCACAUCACAGACAUCGGAAACAGCAACAACCUCAGUAUCAACAGAUGAUACAGAAAAGAGCAAAGAUACCUCUGCGGACAGUACAACCAAGGAGAGCGAUACGAACGCAACAGCCGCCAACCAGCAGACUCCGUCAACAACAACAACAGCUCCUACAAGUACUACCACUAGUACGGAGGCUACCAGUGAGAAAAAGGAGGAGACAAAGGUAAGCGACACCAAAAAGGAUGAAGAAUCAAAGGUAGCAACUCAAGCAACAACAACAACUACAAGCACUGACCAAACAAAAAAUCAAACAUCCGCUACCAAGGAUGAUCCAGCGACUGUUAAGUCUGGGGAACAACAACAACCGGAACAACCCAAAAUAACAACUGACGCAAUCAUGUCAUCUCCUGCGACAACAACUACCAGUAGCAAUCCACCCGCCACAACUACUCCUUCAAAUUCGAAUAAUACUGAAGAAACCAAGGACAAUAAUAAGGACUCGACAACCGAAGCAGCAGCAGACGCUACAAAUAAUGAUUCCUCUUCCAACAACAACAACAACAAACGACAACAACACAAAAUCACAUUUGCCACACCGUUGGGGCCCGAUGAUCCACCCUUUACAGAUGCAUCCAAACCACAUCCUACCAAGUGUCCGGCAGGAGGACAGUGGAGGGGAUACUUUGAAAAUGUUACCAAACCACUCAAACGAAAGAAUAGUAGUGCUGCUAGUGCGGCACCCAUUGUACAAAAAAUUGAAGAAAAAUUCAUCAUUUACCUAAAUGCCACACCCGCCAAGGAAGCACAAACAUGGUUCACCACAGAAGAUAUCGGAGCACCCACGCCUACCAAAAAGAAAAAGACGGAAGCACAGCCAGCUGUGGAAACUUCCGCAACGCCUCUGGGAGUCUUGCCCGACGGAUUGAUUCAUGUCCGGGGAACGGGAGAAAACCAAUUCGGGACGUUUGAAUUGCUGGGAUCCUUUGACAUUACCACCGGCAUUCUCGAAUGCCAACGCAUGUACGUGUCGCCACUCGAAGAAGUCGUCCCAGCGGCACCGGUGCAAAGGCGGCGUUCCCGGAGUGGAAUUGAUCUCAACGUCCACACACCCACUCCCAAAGACGGGAGACCCUACUAUACCAGAAAACGACAACCGAAAUCAUGGAAACGCAUGUCGACCGGGGAGGACGAGGCAACCGCUGCGGCGGUGGCAGCAGCCGAGAAGCGACGAAGCAUUGGACAGGUUGGUGCGGCGGCGAAUGCUGCUGCGGGUGGUGGCAAGCGUGUGCGGGUGGCAGAAACCAAGACAGCGACCGCGGCUAUUGUUCCCAGUGCGGCAGCUGUGUCCGGGGUUGCGGCGGCUGCUGCCGCCGCGGCUGCAUCAGGGUCGGGCCUUUCCAUUGCCAUUCCACAAACGACGACUGCUGCUACAACUGCUGUUGCUGCUGCUCCCAGUGCUGCCAAACGACCAGGUCCAUCUCCCAAAACGCAAACUCCCAGAAAAAAGGCCGCCGUCAGCAGUGCGGCAGGUGCUGGCACGGCCAGUUCCAAGGCAUCCAGUGGAUCACUUGCCUCGUUGAACUCAUCUACGGCAAAUAAUCAAUACAUGAAGCUUCCUCCUGUCGGAGAUCCCAAAUUGGCAAUUUGGAGAGCAGCACACUAUCUGUAUUAUCAAAAGAACGACCCGUCCCAAGAAGAAGGUGGCAGCGGCUCUACCAACAGUGGCAGUUCCCAGGCUGCCGGCAAUGCUUACAAAUACGUGGUUUAUGAAGGAGAAAUGGUCAAGUCGCUCCGAGAAGGGAAAGGAGUGUGUUUGUACAGCAAUCAAAUGCUUUAUGAAGGUAAUCAGUGCAUUUUUCCUAGGACAGUUGCCAGUUGCGGUGUAUUGCAACGAGUCGAGUCUCAUCGAUGCCUAUCUUUUCUCUUCUCGUCUGCUGGAAAUGCUGAUUCUUCAGGUGAAUGGAAAAAGAACAAGGAGCACGGCAAAGGGACUUUAAUGACAUCCGACCGAAAGCGCAUCAUCUAUAGUGGGGAAUGGGAACGCGGGCGCAUGCACGGCAAAGGAACCUAUUAUUAUUCGUCAGGUGUUGUGCUGAACUCAAAGCAGCAGGUUGUUAUUUCCGACAAGAAGAAGGGCCCUGCUGGAAGUGGUGCCACUGGGACCACAGAAACUGAAAGUCGCUACGAAGGAGAUUUCAAGGAGAAUCUGCGUCAUGGUUAUGGAACGUAUGUCUUGCCCGAUGGCUCUAUCUAUGUUGGUAGCUGGCGAGAAGGCGUAAUGUGCGGUCGUGGAACAUUCACUUGGAGCGACGGAUCGAUGUACACCGGCGAUUGGAAAGAUGGCAAGAGACACGGGCAUGGAUCCUUGACAUGCUCGGAUCGUUUCACCUACGACGGCUACUGGUCCAGCAAUGCCAUGGAGGGCCGUGGAACAGCGUACUACCCCAAUGGACUCGAGUAUAUCGGUCAGUUUCAGAAUGGGCGUCGUGAAGGGCGUGGCACACUCAAGUUCAAAAAUGGCGUAGUCUACGAGGGUCGCUUCCGAGACGACAAGAUUGACGGACAAGGGACAAUAAAGAUGCCAUCCAUUAUGUUGGUUCCCAGGGACAAGACAACGACGAAUGCCGGAGCCGUGCAGGGCGAGAAGGAAAAGGAAACCGAGGAGGGCAAGAAAGAGGAAGAAGAGCUGAAGCCAGACUUUAUGAUUCCGCUAUCCUUUCAAAGUGACAUGGGCCAUAUCCAUCAAAAGGCUGGAUUCACGGUUGGCGGUGAAUAG